AUGGCAGAAGGAGGCAGUGCGCAGGAGGAGGAGGAGGCUGCGCAGGUGUCCCGGGGCAGUGGUCUGUGUAAGUGGUUUAACGUCCGCAUGGGUUUCGGCUUCCUGUCCAUGACCACUCGGGACGGGGUGACGGUGGAGCCUCCGGUGGACGUGUUUGUGCACCAGAGCAAACUGCACAUGGAGGGCUUCCGCAGCCUACGAGAAGGAGAACCGGUGGAGUUCACGUUCAAGAGGUCCUCCAAAGGCCUGGAGUCUCUGCGGGUGACCGGGCCAGAAGGAGCACCCUGCCAGGGCAGCGACCGCAAGUCUAAAGGCAGCCAGAAACGCAGGUCCAAGACUGACAGAUGCUACAACUGUGGGAGCCCAGGCCACCACGCCAAAGAGUGCCAGCUGCCCCCCCAGCCCAAAAAGUGCCACUUCUGCCAGAGCCUGUUGCACAUGGUGGCCUUGUGUCCGCUCCGUGCCCAGCAGAGGGCCGUGGCGGUGGAGGCUGAGGCAGAGGAGAGCCAGGGCCCGGAGCACCUGGAGCACACAGAGAUGGACUGA